AUCUAUAUGACCACUAACGUGUUCAAAUAUGAUUGUUUAUACCAGAAUACUAGUGAGCAGAUAAGUGAAAGAAUGAUAAUUUUUGAAUCUACAGUUCUGGAAUUAUUUAAUUAUGACGACAGACUUCAUGUUAAUGUCCUUUAUUUACGGUUUAUGAGCAAACAAUCACGUCACAAAGAAACCGAAUUCAAGAAUGAAAAACAAUUCCUGAUUGCAUUGUCAAAUAUUGGAGAUAGUGACGUCAUUAUUAAUGAUUGUUGGGCAACAAUUAAAACAAACAAUAAUGCAGAUCGAACAGAUGCUUCUGCAAAAGAGGUGAAUGCAUACUACACUGGUGUAGGUGUUACAUUGCAUGCUGAUGUGCAACAACAACCAAACUACCCCAAAGUCUCUCUAAUACGGCCGGUUGCAGCAUCACAAACUAACAGUGAACCUACCCCAAAGUCUCUCUAAUACGGCCGGUUGCAGCAUCACAAACUAACAGUGAACCAUCUUUUCAUUUAGUUUCCCCGCUAUUGCUUCGUGGAUUACAAUGGCAAGAUGCUUUUGUGAAUCAACCACCUUACUACCUUAUACCCCUAUCAAACCACAUUGUAUCUCUACCAACGUAUAAAGUAGCUCAGUCUUACCAUACUGUACCCCAACCCAACCAAAUUGUACCCCAACCCAACCAGAUUGUACCCCAACCCAA